AUGAAUUAUAUUAUAAAACAGAAUAAUACAAAAAUGAUUCAAUUAAAUGAACCGCUUAAAUUUAACAUACGAUAUAAACAAUUGAAACAUUUAAAUAAUAAUGAUCAAUUAUUAAUUAAUAAUGCUCCAAAACCUGAUACCUUAGAAACUAUUCUUCCAGGUUAUGUAGGAUUUUAUUUAAGUAGUGAAAAUAUUUAUACAUUAAAUCCAUGGUUACAAUUUAAAUUAUUGAAUUAUGAUAAAAUGAAUUGUGAAUUAUUUAAUAAAAUUGAAAAUAAAUCAAUUCAUGAUUAUUUUUAUCAAAAUGAUUUAAAUCGACGUAAAUUAGUAGUUAUUUUAUUAAAAGAUAAAAAAAGAUUUAAAAAAUCAAGGAAAAAGUCAUCAUUGUCAUCUUCAUCAUCAUCAUCAUUUUUAUCAAACGAUACAGUUUGUGAGAUUCAAUAUGAAAUUCAGAAUGUAAAUCAAUCAACUGAACGAAAAAGAUAUAGUCUGGAAUUAAGUUGGAUUACUCUUGGCUUUGAUCAUAAAGUGUAUACAAUCUGUCCAGAAAGAGGUAUUCUAACAUUAACCGUGAUACGAAAAGGUACAAAUCAGGCGUUACAAUCAACUUUAACUGAUGUCUACGUUGGAUUAUCAUCUGAUACAGCGAUUGAAGGAAAAGAUUUCAGUCUACAUUCACAAAAACUAGUCGUUUUUCAUAAAGGUGAACUAAAAAAAGACGUAUUAAUAAGUUUCCAUCCAACUACAAGAGAUUUCAAUCAUCAGAAUUUACGAUUUUAUGUUGAUCUUAAAUCACCAACUGGAGCUAUUCUAGAUCGAAAAUAUAAAGCUGAAGUUGUUGUAUCUAACAACAUGGAAAGAGACGAAACAACAAAAGCAGCAAAUAAUCCAGUAAAACGAGAUCUUACAAGUAUCAUUCACUCCAAUCUGGAUAAAACGCGUAAUAAUCCUAUUUAUUUAUCUGAUGCACAAAUGAAUAGUGAUAAUCACGAUGAAGAUUAUUUGAAAGACUUUAAUUGGCAAUCAAAUCAACAAUACAGAAUGGAAAGUGACCCAAUCAAAAAUCAUAUUAGUUUAACCGAAUGGCUUGCAACAAAUGAUUUACCAGAUUCUAAAACGUUAAGUGCAUCCUAUGAAAACUAUAUGUACUCAAAUAAACACAUAAUGCAUUGUUUAAAUGGAUGGAAAUUUUAUCAACAUCGUUGUUAUCGACUAUAUGAAAAUAAGAAAAUGACUUGGGAAGAAGCACGAAAUUAUUGUGAACUGCAAGACGGAUUUCUGACUAGUAUUACAGAUGAGACAAAUUUGAAAUGGUUAGCUGAAAUAUUUCAAACACGCAAACCAUUCUGGAUAGGUCUUCACCAAACACAACCACGCGGACCAUGGGUUUGGCAUAAUUUCGAACAUGUUGGUUUUACAAAAUGGGAUAAAGGACACCCGGUCAAUACAAAAUGGCGAUCACCAACUAAUAAACAGAUAAAACGUAAACACUACCUGUUACAAAAACAAAAACAUUACAGAGGACCUAAAGCUUGUGUACUUGUAACUCCUAAUCUAUAUUGGCAAAAUCGACUUUGCAACCGAAUAAUUACAAAUGUGAAUUUCAUAUGUAUGAGGAAUCCUGAAAUAUUCUAA